AACUAAAGUUUUAUGUUAACUUCCAUACUUCUUUAUAAAACCACUCUCCCCUUCCCCAAAGUUUCACACCCCUUUUACACUCUUCCUCUCUCUAUUAAUCCCACUUAGUAAACCUAGAGAGAGAAAAAAAGGAAAUAUGGGCAGGAACAAGAACAAGAGCUUUCAAAAAUCUCUGCAAAUAUACCUCUCAAAGCUCAAAAAACCAACUCCAUCACAACUUCCAAUUCAUUCAAAUUCCAUCAAAACCUCUUCCAACUGGAUCUUAUCAGGUUGCAGACACCCUAAAACCUCUUCCUUCUCUGUUGAUCGGAACCAACCCAACCAUCAUAAAGAUGGAGAUGAUGAUGAUGCUGCAACACUCACCGACAUUGAUCGUUUCCUCUACGAGAAUUUCAAUUCUCUCUACUGCAAGACUGACAAUUACAACAACAAUGAAGGCGGCACCGCCGCUGCCAAUUCCAGUCCCGGAGGAGCAUUCCUCUUCGAAUCACCAAGAUUAGGCGAAGCACCACCCGAUGUUAGGGCAUCAAAUCGAUUCUUCGUAUCUCCUGGAACCACAACUAAUUCACUAAUCGAAGAAUCACGAUCCAGCUUAUCGAUGUCCGACGAAAUUGGAUCGAGCUCGACGACGACGACGACGACGACGAUUCGUGAAUCCAUGGCUCUGUCGGCUAAGAUAAAAAGUAUCGAUUUAAACCUCCCUGGUGAUAGCAUUGCUGUGCUCACGUAUACACGUGAUCCUUAUGAAGAUUUCAGAAAUUCCAUGGAGGAGAUGGUUCAAGCUCGAUUGAACCAAUAUGAAACUGUAGAUUGGGAUUUCAUGGAAGAACUUCUCUUCUGUUACUUGAAGCUGAACGAGAAGAAAUCAUAUAAGUACAUACUUGGAGCAUUCGUUGAUCUCAUGGUGAUUUUGCGUCAAAAUUCCAGUAAUUCUCCGGCGAAGCCACGUAAGAUUCCGGCGACACCCAUUACGGCGGCAGAGCAAAGAAACCAUGGAUGGCACCGGAAGUAAUGGUGACGAUCAAAUUUCAGAUUUUUUUUGUAUGUGGAUUAUGGAAUUCUCUUCUCUUUUUUUUUGGGUUUUGUGGUUUUCUGUAAAAGAUUUCAAGAUUGAUCGUCAAUGUCGGCCUUCGUCGUCUGCAAUUUUCUCAGAGAAAUUAGCAUCUUUCUCCGAGGAGUUGUGGUGGUACAGUGUUAGAUGGCUGCAGCGAGAUUUGUUGUCUUUGAUAUCAAAACUGAUAAUUGUGA